AUGCCGCUCACCUGGCCCGUGGGCCACCUGAGCUCGGCGAUCAUGAAGCCGGAGGCGGACGACGCCGUGCCGAAGCCCGAGGCGACGCCUGAGCUCGACGGCGUCGGCCACGCCACGUCCAUGUUCGGCGCGGCGCGCAGCUUCCUCAUGGCCUGGUACGUCGUCGUCGCCGUCUACGGCUCCUGGGACGACUACCCGGGCGCGCUCGGCGGCGCGGCCUCCCACGGCUACGCCUGGUCCUGGGUAGGCCCGAUCCUUGCGCGCGACGUGUUCGCGUGCUGGCUCAUCGCGGGCGGCUGGGACUAUUUCCUCUAUUUCUCGCCGUUGGCGGCGAAGCUCGAAAAGUACAAGCUCAACCCGGUCUACCCGGGCCUGCGCCAGAUGGGCCGCGACUUCCUCGUCGCGACGCAGUCCAUGUUCUGCGCGGCGGCCGUCGAGUGCUGGCUCUGCCGCCUCUGGGCGUCGGGCACGCUCGCGUCCGCGCCGUCGCUGGAGCUCUCGGCGAAGAACGUCUUCCUCAUCCUCACGCUGACGCACUGGCGCAUCCCGCACUUUUGGCUCAUCCAUCGCGGCAUGCACCCCUGGAAGGCCAAGGGCGUCCCGGACGUCGGCAAGUUCUUGUACAAGCACGUCCACUCGCUGCACCACAAAUCCUCGAACCCGACGGCCUUCUCCGGUACGAACAUGCACCCCGUCGAGGCGACGCUCUACUUCUCCGCCGCGCUCCUCGUCGUGCCGCUCGGCGUCCACCCGUCGAUCCCGCUCGCGUGCGUCGUCGAUUGCGCGGUGGGCGCGUGGCUCGGCCACGACGGCUUCCAGUGGCCCGGGAGCGGCGACUACUUCCACCAGCUCCACCACGCCCACUUCGACUGCAACUACGGCGCGAUGCACGUGCCCAUCGACAAGUGGCUCGGCACCUACGCGGGCUGCAAGGAGGACCUCAAGGCGAUCUGGGGCAAGCGCGCCGCGGACCGCGCCAAGGUCGGCAAGGACGGCACGAAGAAGGCCUAG